AAGGACUUGAACAGUGUCACCUGGAAUAAUGAUGAUGAUCAUUGUAAUGAUCUUCACAAUAACUAGCUUUUAGAUAGAACUUGAAGAUUUACAAAGCAUUUUCUCUCAUUUGAAUAACAUUUGCAAGGCUCAGCCAAUGGGAUACCUUUCCUUUUGUACAGUAUCAUGGAGCUCUUACUACAAGAACUUCACACUCAGCUUCACUAUUACCAACAUGUUUUACACAACAAAGAUGAAUCAAAAGGACUCCAGAACAUUCAAGGCUGCUGAGCAUAUCCUGCAAAUCUUGCUCAAGGUAUUGUUUGGAAGCAGCAGGAUUGGCUCUCAGUAUUCUGGAUGCAGUGACCUUUCACUGAGGUCUCUGAGGAACAGGAUAGCAACCGGAGUGGAUAUAGUCUGCAGUUUCAAGAAGGACUCCUCCAACCAUGUCCUGGACAAAAAGGUGGUUUACUGGGAGCUGACUGAACAGCUCUGUACAAGAAAGCUAAAACACCUGGUUAUAGACAAUGAUAGCCUCAUUGUGAAUGGGUAUCAACAUAAGCUGCCAGGAAUCAGAUCCACAAAGAGUUCAAUUAAAUCUAAAACCCAUAAAGACAUGAAACAGGAAUUGGAGAGGGCAGGAGAGACACAUUCUCAGGUGUCAGGAAGUGAGGCUGGUGUAGGAGCUGUCACCCAUAUCCCCGACCAUGGAGAACCAGGAAAAAUCAUGACAUCACUGACUAGUGGCCUCCUGAUCCGGGAAUCCACUGUAUAUGCUAUAGCGAGUGAGAUUGGUGUAGGGCCCUUCACCCAUAUCCGAGACCACGGAUCAGCAAGAGACAUGACAUCAGUGACCAGUGAAUCUACUGCAGGUGCCAUGGGUAAGAAAAUAUUUCUUUUCUUUCUAUUAUACUGGUAUUCAUCCUUGCUCUGGGCCCUUGUUUUCCAGCUUUCAAAUAUGAUAUGGACUCAUCUUCAUCGAGGUGAUGCUGGUGUGGUGCCAGUCACACAUGCCCAAGGCCAUGAAGGACCAGGAAGCACAGGAGCACUGAUGAGGAGCCCCCUGACCCCUGUGUCUACUGUUAUUCCCACAGCGAGUGAGAUUGGUGUAGGGCCCUUCACCCAUAUCCGAGACCACGGAUCAGCAAGAGACAUGACAUCAGUGACCAGUGAAUCUACUGCAGGUGCCAUGGGAGGUGAUGCUGGUGUGGUGCCAGUCACACAUGCCCAAGGCCAUGAAGGACCAGGAAGCACAGGAGCACUGAUGAGGAGCCCCCUGACCCCUGUGUCUACUGUUAUUCCCACAGGUGCUGUCCAGCAGCCCUUACAAGAAAGGAAAGAUAGAAGAUUGACCCUUGGGGGAAGGGCUGAAGCCCAGGGGAUGGAUAAGAAUGGAGGCAGACACCAAUGCAAUAUUACCAAUGAGCAAGCUGCACAGAUCAAGCUCCAGCUACCUAACUUCAAAGGACAUGAGGCAGUAGGAUAA